AUGAGCAUUCAAACAUUGCCAUUCGAAAUCCUUUCCCAGAUCUUGGAGGACGUCGCAGAGGCCAAUAUACGCGACGGGCCUACAUUCACCUAUGGGAUAUCAGGUGCAUCCAUGCUACUAUCUCCAUCGCACUGCCAGCGCUAUGUGAGAGGACUUCUUCCUUUGGAUCGGCUAAAGUGGGAUGUGAGUUCUGCACUGCGGCUAGUGUGCAGAAGGUGGCAUGACUGGGCCUUGGACUAUGCACUGCGCGAGCUCUACCUAAAAAACUGGGGAGGUGCAGAGCAAUGGUUUGACCUGUCUCCCCAUCGGCGCCUCUACCCACUCUACGAACUCAUCGAACGUCCAACGGGCAUUGCUGUCUACCGCAACCCUUUCGCCGCCCUGCAAAGGACGGCCAGUAUUUGUAGAGAGUUUCCUAGGUUUGGAUCUGCGAUUAGGCGCGUGUGUGUUCAUGGCUUCUAUACUGCCGAGACGAUUUCACUCGUCUACGAGUCACUGAAGGAAUGCGACAGUCUUACUUCGUUGUCAUGUCCAUGGACAGCCAUCCGGUACAUUAGUUCCGAAUCGUGGCAGAUGUUACUGACAGGUCGCCGAGUACGACUGGAAUCCCUCGAGCUGCAGUGCGUUGAGCCGACGACCCAGCAGAUGGCCGAAGAGACGAACUGGACCGAUCUCGACCCCCUGCCUUCAGUCGACUUUAGCUACUUGCACCGCCUGAAAAUCUUUGGGAACACAACCUUUAUGCCUAUCACAGAUAGAGACGUCAUUGCAAUCGCCCGCACUACUACAAGGCUUAGAGAGUUUUACCUGACUUGCAAUUCUUCGACAACCAUCGACAGCGUGGUGGCGAUGACUGAGGCAGCCCCCGCAACGCUUCGGGUUAUAGAGCACAGUCCUCGAUCGCAAGACGGGUUUUGUCAUUCGCACCCUGGCUCUCCCAACGGUGAUGCCGAGGACUACUGCGCAAUGUUUCGAAAACUCUCUCAACUGGAGACUUUGUCUGUGUCGGUGCCGAAAAUAUGCGCAGACUUUUUCCAUAACGAAUUUUGCAGGUUUUCUGGUAUUCUCCAAGUGCGCGCAGUUCAUAUCUGUGAGCAUGUAAGCAGCCGCUGGACGUCGAAAACCACAGAGGCUCUCCGAAUGCUCCUUGAUCAAGCCCGUCUGUUGAUAGAAAACUGCUCACGCCAUGCAAGGCAAGACCGCCUAUACAUAGAAUUCUUCUUCGCUGGCUACAUCUUCGACCCUGGGCUUCAAAAAGUGCACGGUGAUUUUUCGACACUACGACGGCUUUCUAGAGGCAGCUGGUCGCCUGUUGCAGUCUCCAGCAGCAAAGGGCCUUAUGGUAACACUGGCCUGUAUGAUACAAACGAAGGGGCUUCUUUCGAGCAAGUUGAUGAGGCUGACUUCCUGGGCGCGGACCGAUGGCUGUAUGUGCUGUAG